GUGCUGCUGAGCCCGAGCGCGAGGGGCCGCUGCCACCAUGCCCGCGGGCGUGGGCGCUGCCCGGCUCUGCCUGCUGGCGCUCGCCCUGCCGGGCUGGACCAGAAGAGGAAGUGGGGAAGGCAGCCCCUGGCUACAGCAUGAACUAGUAAUACCUCAGUGGAAGACCACAGAAGACCCCAAGAGAGAAAAGCAUCCACUCCAAGCUGAGCUCAGGGUAACAGCCGAGGGGCGAGAACUGAUCCUGGACCUGGAGAAGAAUGAGCAUCUUUUUGCUCCAGCCUACACAGAAACCCAUUAUACACCAAGUGGGACCCCUCAAACCACCACGCUGAAACCUGAGGAUCACUGCUUUUACCAUGGGACGGUGAGGAAGGCCCCACAGUCCAGUGUCACACUGAGCACCUGCCGGGGAAUGAGAGGGCUGAUCAUGGUGAGCGGUAACCUCAGCUAUAUCAUCGAGCCCCUCCCAGGCAGCGAGGACUACCACCUCAUUUACAGAUCUGAACAUCUCCAGCUACCCCCGGGGAACUGUGGGUUCCAGCAUCCCAAUCCCACUGCCAGGGACUGGGUCCUUCAGUUUGCCAACCAGACCAAGCAUCAGCCUCGCAGGAUGAAAAGGGAAGAUUUACACUCCAUGAAGUUCGUGGAGCUUUACCUUGUGGCUGACUACGCAGAGUUUCAGAAGAAUCGACGAGACCAGGAUGCCACCAAACAUAAGCUCAUGGAGAUCGCCAAUUAUGUUGAUAAGUUCUACCGGUCCUUGAACAUCCGGAUUGCUCUGGUGGGCUUGGAAGUGUGGACACAUGGGAACAUGUGUGAAGUUUCUGAGAACCCCUAUUCCACCCUCUGGUCGUUUCUUAGCUGGAGGCGCAAGCUGCUUGCCCAGAAGAACCACGACAAUGCGCAGUUAAUCACGGGCAUGUCCUUCCACGGCACCACCAUCGGCCUGGCCCCCCUCAUGGCCAUGUGCUCUGUGUACCAGUCCGGCGGAGUCAACAUGGACCACUCUGAGAACGCCAUAGGUGUGGCUGCCACCAUGGCCCAUGAGAUGGGCCACAACUUUGGCAUGAGCCAUGAUUCUGCAGAUUGCUGCUCAGCCAGCGCAGCAGAUGGGGGCUGCAUCAUGGCUGCCGCCACCGGACACCCCUUCCCCCGCGUGUUCAACGGGUGCAACCGGAAGGAACUGGACCGGUAUCUGCAGUCAGGCGGGGGAAUGUGUCUGUCCAAUAUGCCGGACACCAGCACCCUGUACGGGGGCCGGAGGUGUGGGAACGGCUACCUGGAGGAUGGAGAGGAGUGUGACUGUGGGGAGGAAGAGGAGUGUGACAACGCUUGCUGCAAUGCCUCCAACUGCACCCUGAGAGAAGGAGCGGAGUGUGCCCAUGGCUCCUGCUGCCACCGGUGCAAGCUGCUGGCCCCUGGCACCGUGUGCCGUAAGCAGGCGCGGCAGUGUGACCUCCCAGAGUUCUGCACGGGCACGUCUCCCCACUGCCCCACCAACUUCUACCAGAUGGACGGUACCCCCUGCGAGGGCGGCCAGGCCUACUGCUACAAUGGCAUGUGCCUCACCUACCAGGAGCAGUGUCAGCAGCUGUGGGGCCCUGGGGCUCGGCCUGCUCCUGAUCUCUGCUUCGAGAAGGUGAAUGUGGCAGGGGACGCCUUUGGAAACUGCGGGAAGGACCUGAAUGGGGAACACAAGAAGUGCAACAUGAGAGAUGCCAAGUGUGGGAAGAUCCAGUGUCAGAGUUCUGAGGCCCGGCCCCUGGAGUCCAAUGCAGUGCCCAUUGACACUACCAUCAUUGUGAAUGGGAGGCAUAUCCAGUGCCGGGGCACCCAUGUCUACCGAGGUCCCGAGGAGGAGGGUGACAUGUUGGACCCAGGCCUAGUGAUGACUGGAACCAAAUGUGGCUACAAUCAUAUUUGCUUUGAGGGUCAGUGCAGGAACACCUCCUUCUUUGAAACGGAAGGCUGCGGGAAGAAGUGCAAUGGCCAUGGGGUCUGCAACAACAACAGGAACUGCCACUGCUUCCCAGGCUGGGACCCCCCCUACUGUGACACACCCGGCAAUGGUGGCAGCAUUGACAGCGGGCCAAUGCCCCCCCAGAGCAUGGGCUCGACAGUGGUGGGAGUACUCACGGCCAUCUUCAUGCUGGUGGUCCUCAUGCUGAUAUACUACUGCUGUAAGCAGAACAGCAAGCUGCGCCCACUCCAGCACGUAGUCCUCUCUUCCAAGUUGAGGCAACAGUUCAGUUGUCCCUUCAGGGCAUCUCUGAACAGUGGAACUGGCCACGCCAACCCAACGUUCAAGCUGCAGACACCUCAAGGCAAGCGAAAGGUCACCAACACCCCCGAGAUCCCAAGGAAGCCAUCCCAGCCUCCUCCCCGGCCCCCUCCAGAUUACCUGCAUGUCAGGGCCCCACCUGCGCCAUUGCCCUCCCAUCUCAGCACGACUGCUCGGAACUCCCCGGGGGCCAGCAUCCAAGUAGAAAGGAAGGAGUCAUCCAGGGGGCCUCCCCCAAGCCGGCCAGUGCCCCCUGCACCCAACUGCAUCCUGUCCCAGGAUUUCUCCAGACCUCGGCCUCCCCAGAAGGCUCUCCCUGCUAACCCAGUGCCAGGCCGCAAGAGCCUCCCCAGACCUGGUGGCACCCCCAUCCUGCGGCCCACUCUCCCUGGCCCUUCACUCACCCGGCCUCUGGCAGGCCCUGCCCCAAAGUUUCCUGAAUACAGAUGGCAGAGGGCUGGAGGGAUGACCAGCUCAAAAAUCUAGAGCCUUCCAAAGGGGCUGUGCUCUCUCCCUGAGGACUCUGCACCCGAGGCGCCAUUGCCACAGAAUCUGGAAGAAGCAUGUCCAGGAGCCUCCUUCCUGCCUCCCCCUGCCUCCCAGGACCACUGCGUCUCCAAAAAUUUCCUUGACUUCGUGCUGCCUUGGCUUCCUGGGAGGCCCAGAGGGAUGGCCAUCCAAUGGUCUCAAAUCUUGUUGGUACAAUAGACAGCCAGGGUGGGGGAGGGGGGUGGAGGAUGAAGCAUCAUCACCUUCCAACCUUCUCUCACCUGGCGCCUUACCUCAGAGGGGCCAGCGGAGCUGGCCACGAGGUAUGAGGAGAGGUCUUGGGCAGGCCUGAGGCCAGGUCUGAACUCGGGGAAGGCGUCCACCCACAUCUACAGUGGAGUGUGUGCAUGAGACCCUCCUAUUGUUUGUCUUUCUCCAGUCUCCAGGCGUGACCGGUGGGUGCUGAUCAACCACUCCUCUUAGCUCUGAGACUCUGAGAUGGAGAGGGCUUGAACCAGCCCUGCUGGGAGUAGGCCUGCCCCGUGGAGGCCACCACUCCUGCCUAGUGGUCCCAUGUGAAGAGGUCAAGUCCCCUCCCCCCCCUUAUUUACAUGGUCACUCUGAAUCAGACAGGUACUAUUCGUAGGCAGUGUAGACAGCAGGGGGAGCCCCGCCUCCUCUGAGCCUGAAAGCCAAAGCUUGCGAUUCCACCACCCACCUCCACUCUCUGCUGCUCUUUCUUUACUCCUCUGCACUUUCAAGUUUCCAUGUUUGGAUUUCCUUCCCUCCUCCAAUCCCUCGGAAUCCACCUAAUGUGUGGUGCUAUGGAGUGUGAACCUCAGGGCCCCGCCUUCCUGGGGACCCGGUGCUUGUUGGGACCCUGGGUUCCCUGUGUGGGUUCUCAAGUGUGACCGGAGUAGACUCAGCCCUGGUCGCAGGGUCACCGCUUUCUUUCCCAUUGUGUUUCUGACCUCAGCAGGGGGAGGCUCUUGACCACUCUCUGACCCAAAUCUUAGUAGUCAGGGGCCCAGGAUGGUGGCAGGUGCAGUGAGGGCAAGAGACAUGUUCCUGAAGGUCUGUCACCAACCUGACUUUUAUUAUGCACUUCCUGUGUCCACUUCUGGGUCAUUCACUGCCCUUAUCUGACCCUCAGCAGCAUGGGGACACCUCUACAAAGGGUCAGGCCUCCCUACAGCAGGGAAGGAGAGAGAGGACACUCUGCUAGCUCAGACAUCUCAUGUUCUCUGGGGCUGCCUCUUGGCCCCAGAUGGUGCUGGGCCUCAGGCCUCCCUGCCCUCUGUGGGGAGCAGUGGUUUGCGCCCAGAAUCCUCAGUGCAGGGAAGAGACUUGAGCUUUCUUUUCCCCAACUAUCACCCAGGAACCCCAACAGUUCUCUGCACACAAUAGGUGCUCAAUAGAUGUUCUUGGGUUUGUAGACCAGGAGGAGUUUUGGGGAUAUAUCCAAGGACAGGCAUGGGGGGGAUCAAGAAAGAUCUCAGGAAGCGAGGUUCUCUCCCUGGGGCCUUCGUGACAUUGUUGACACCCAGCCCCGAUUCCCUGGUGUGGGCCCUGGGUGCCCAUCUCCACCUUCCUUGCCCCUGACCAAGCUGGGGGGCAGCUUUCCACUCAAGCAUGCUACUCUAAAGGCCCCAGGCCUCAAGGCUGGGUCCCAGAAACAUAAAGGGAAACACCUAAAAAAAAAAAAAAAAAGAAAAAAGAGCACCCUUAAGCCCCACCUCGUGCCCCACAUGUUCCAUGAUUUUAGAGACUUCAGAGCUGUCACAUCAGGAGAUGGAGGCUCUGAGGCGAGGAAGCCAUGGCCACUGUGGCUGCUGAGCCCCUGGAACUUGAACUCACCCUCUGCAACCACACCGGGAAGGACUGGGUCAUUGCUUUCUUGUUUUGUUUUUAUUUGUUUUCCAUUAUUUUAAUUCAACCUCCAUCCCAUGAAAUCGUACUGUGAACUGGAAAAUGAUCAAUUUUUGAAAAAAAAAAUUAUAAAAGACUUUUGGCAGCAGGUCUGAGCGGCUGUUCCCCUCCCAGCUCUGUUCAGGGAGGUCUGGGACCAGCCCUCACCCUCCGGUGCCCAUGUGCUGCUUUGUGGUGACAAACGUAAAUAAGGACUUUAGGAGGGAGGAUUUUAUUCAAAAGGACCCCUGGGAGAUGGGACAGAGCACUGUGUGGGACUGGGCUGCUGCAAUAGGGGUGUGCUGUGAGAUCUGGGAGCAGCUCAAAGCCCAGAAAGCAGAGGUCUUUUCCUUUACGGGACCCAGUGACCAUGGCUAAAAAGAACCAGCUCAGGGAGGUCUAGGCCCUCAGCCUUUGAGGGAGGGACUGGGUGCUGGCUCAGUCUGGGGUGGGUCAAAGCUCUGUGGUGGGGAGGAGAGAGGCUGAACUAAAGCUCAGGAGGGAGUUAACAAGCCUCUGUUCAGAUGCAGAGGUUUGGAAAUCUAUUUAGAAGCUCAGCUAGCCUCCUGCCAGUUUUACAACCUGGAAAUUGUUCUUUCUGGCCUUGGAGCCAUCUCUGAAAUGUGAACCUCAGGGGACCUCCAGGGAGCUAACACACUCCCUGUCUCAGUGGGAGUUUCAGUCCAGGCUCCACCUGCUCACCAGAGGUUCUUUUUAGCCUUGUUUACUUCUCCCUCCAGAAGACAAGCCUUUUUUUGCCCCUGCUCUGAGAGACAUCUGCAGAUCUCAGGGUCUGAAGUGCAUGCAUAGCUGGUGCAGCGUCAUUACGGAUCUCAUAGUCUUGCAAUGACCGCUUUUCCCAUUGCACUCGCCCCUCACCCUCUCUUGCUAUCAUCCUGUUGAAUAAAGCCUUCCCUUAUCUAUGUCCAGAUUAGUUCUUAUUUGGCAGAGGGGAUGCAAAACUUUCAUCUUCUAAAUUGGGGAUCAGUUCUAAAGUCAGUGAUUGUGCUCAAUGCAUGUGUCACAGCUCUGCUGGACACCCAGGACAGCCAAAGACAAUGCCAACUGGAAAGGUGCUCCAUCCCUCGGGAAGCUUGUGAGGUUCUGCAGAAUCCCAGCCAGGCACCCCAAGUCACCCCUCCACCCUUCCGCUCAUCUUCACACCACCCACUGUGUACAUCUGUGUCUGGGAUCCAGGGCAAUGUGAAUUUUCUUUUUGUUUGGGAGAUUAUUCAUGGAAAACUGAUCCUCUUCUCUCUUGCCCACUAUUGUUUACAAUAUUUGUACAUCUAUGCAAAAUACUUGAAUGGGCCAUAGUGCCUUUUUUCCUUGUUUGUAUUUAAUUGAAAUAAAUUUUUUUGAAUGUUGUCUGGCUGAGUAGCUCUUUUGUUUAAUGCCUGAUGUUC